CAGCUGAUCGCCGAAUGACGAACCGCGACGAGCUAUCGUCCUCUAGAGUCGACUACGACGAAGCGUACAGCUGCGAAGAGAGCUGGGAGGACCGAUCGGAGGAAGAUGGUAGGACAUCGAGACACGCGAAGACAGGAAAAGAGCAGCAUCACGACGACGAAGUCCGUUCAUUGACUUUUUCUUCUUCCUCUUAUGAGUCGCAGACGGAGGUGAUGAAGUUAUUCGUAUUCCAUCUUCUGUGAUUCGAGAAUAGAAGAACAAGACGCUUCGUACUUCUACAUGCACGACAUGCUUGUGGAAGAUGAUAUUAAAGUAACUUAAGUAGAGGACUAAGACUUAGCUGGCUCCUUACACAGCGACAGCGAUCUGCUUUGUGCAUCUACUUGUACUUACAACUUACAUAAGACGAGGAGAAGAAACAGGAAAAUGUUGAGUUUUUUCAUGUUCGCGAUUCGGAAGUUGGCGGUCGCAGGUCGCGCAGUCAGAGCCGCGAUCUUCGAGGCCGUUCGCGCAGAUCCGAUGAACAUGAAGUAGUAAAUGGACGAACUCCUCCCUCGAUGCGGUCGCGGCCGCGCGGGCGCCGUGGUGCGGGUAAAAGCCGCUCUCGUAGGGGAAGACAAACGGGGAAUGUCGAUGGCGAUCCGAUGAGACAUCCCAGGAGAAGACAGCAAGAGCAGGAAAGCGACAUCCUGCACGAGGAGACAAAAGAGCAUCGGCGCCGCGGAACGCAGCGCCCCGUCGUGGAUAACUCCAGGAAAGGCUCACAAGCAUGGAGCACACAGAGAGGCAGGGUAGAGCAAGGGACGUCCUCCUCAGCGACCAAAGGAGGUAAGGACGAACGCAG